AUGAUCCGAGCAAUUGAUAAGGCCGCCAUUCACCGCAUAUGCUCGGGACAGGUGGUGCUGGACGUGGCAGGGGCGGUGAAGGAGGUUGUGCUGGACGUGGCAGGCGCGGUGAAGGAGCUGGUGGAGAACAGCUUGGACGCGGGGGCGACGAGCGUGGAGGUGCGCCUCAAGGACUUCGGCGCAGAGCUCAUCGAGGUGGCCGACAACGGCUGUGGGGUCGCGCCCCCCAACUGGCAGGUGACGCCUUGGACUGGACUGCCCAAGGUUUCCUUAACGGUGGCCAAGGGGCGUUGCAUUCGGUCACGAGGCGUUGAGGGCGGUCAAGGGGCGUUGAGGUGGGAGCAGAGCGAGUGUGGCAUGACGGGUGACAGCUGUGUUCCAGCCACUCCACCUGCCCUCCCCCAUCUCUUCCCCCAUCUCUCCCCACCGCGCACCACUGCAGAUGCUGCCCCUCAAGCACUGACCCUCAAGUACCACACGUCCAAGAUCGCACACUUCUCCGACCUCCAAUCGCUCUCCUCCUUCGGCUUCCGAGGGGAAGCCCUCUCCUCCCUCUGCGCCCUUGCUGACGUCACCAUCACCACACGCACCGCGAACGAGCCAAUCGCGAUGCGCCUGGUGUUCGACCAUGGGGGAAAGCUCCUGCCCGGGCCUCGGGAACAGGUCGCCCGGGCAGUCGGAACGACGGUCAGCGUGGCGAAGAUUUUCUCGCCGCUGCCCGUGCGGCGGCGGGAGUUUGAGCGGAACGUGCGGCGCGAGUUUGCGAAGCUGGUGAGCGUCUUGCAGGCGUACUGCGUGGUGUCCACACACGCGCGCAUCCUCUGCACCAAUCAGAGCGGGCGCAGCAGCGCGCGCACCACUGUGGUGCAGACAGCUGGCACGGGGUCGAUGCGCGAGAACAUCAUCGCUGUGUUUGGCGCCAAGGCUGCUGCGGGCCUCGACCCUGUCGACAUCUCCUUCCCCCUCUCCCCUGCUUCCGCCGCUGCUGCCCCUCCUGCUCCUGCUACUCCUUCUCCCGCUGCUACUGGCACAGCUGCCACUACCCCUGCGCAGCUACCACCCUCCUGCUGCACAGUAACCGGGUUUCUAUCAAGGCCAGGAGCGGGCAGUGGCAGGUCGGCGGGAGAUCGGCAGUUCUUCUUCCUCAACGGCCGCCCGGUGGACCUGCCGCGCCUCUCCAAGCUGCUCAACGAGCUCUACCGCUCCUUCAACUCCCUGCAGUUCCCCGCCGCUUUCCUAAACGUUUCGCUUAGCGCGGACGCUUAUGACGUGAACGUGACCCCGGAUAAGCGCAAGGUGUUUUUGCACUCGGAGGCGGCGCUGCUGUCGGGGCUGAGGGCGGCGUUGUCAGAAUUUUAUUCUCCGGAUAGAUAUGUCUACCGAGCCGCGCCGGCCGGUUCGGUGGGGAAGGCGAUUGAGGAACGGAUGGAGGAGGCAGAAGGGGAGGGGGACAGAGGGCAACCUCCACAUCAGUUUGAUCGCGGAAAGGGAAGAGGGAAGGCAACGCGAGGGGGAGCAGUGGAGGAAGCAGCACAUGAGGAAGCAGCACAUGAGGCGGCAGCACAUGAGGAAGCAGCACAUGAGGCGGCAGUCGGGGGGUUGGCAAGGGGAACAGGGGAAGCAGCUGGAGGGCGAGGAGAAGCCCGCAAGGCAGCAGCAGGGUCAGGAGGAAAAGGAGUCACAGCAGGUGGUGCAGCAGGGGCAGCAGGAGGGGGUGCUGGCACGCUGCAGUGGAGCGAGAGCAAGGCAGCCGCCAUGCGCCGACUGCUGCUGCUCAUGAGCCCCCAGGGCAAAGGCAAGGCCAAGGGCAAGGCCUUGGGUCUGGGUAUGGGUGUGGGUGGGGGUGGGGGUGUGCACGUGGGUAUGAGCGAGGACAGAGGCAAGGAUGUGACGUUCGGUGGUGGCACAGCGGACAGGAGGUCGCUGUCUCGGGGGGCAGUGAGUGGUGGGGAGCAGGCACGUGCUUGGCAGGGGUAUGAGACGCGACACAUGACAGGUGCUGAGCGGGAGAGAGACCGGCAGAGGGCGCAGCAAGAGGAGGAAGAGGAAGCAGAAGCGGAAGAGGAAGAGCAAGUGGAAGCGGAAGAGCCAGAGAAAGAAGAGGAGGAAGAGGAGGAAGAGGAGGAAGUGGAGGAAGAGGAGGAAGAGGAGAGGGAGAGUAAGGGAGGCAAUGUGGGCAGAAGGAAUGGCAGCAGCAGGGCAGUGAGGGGAGGAGGACAGCGUUCCAUGGGGGGGGUUGCUACUCAGGCGCAGGGGAUGGGCAGGGAGAGGAUCGGGAGGGGAAGGUUGCGGGGAGAGAGCAGUGAAGGGGUGGAAAGGGCGCAGGGAGGUGCGGAUGGGAGACAGGUGGGUCUUGAUGCUUGGCUGGGAAAGGGGGUUGGGGGGGGACGAGGGGGAAGGGGAAGCGAGGGAGGCAAGAUGGGCGAAGUGGAUGGGGGGAGUGUGAGGGGGAGAGCUGGGGAUGGCUGGGCGGGGCAGGGUGGCAUGGAGCUGGUAGGGAAAUUAGUGGAGAGAGAGGAGGAUGAGGAUAGUGAGGAGGUAAGGGAAGUGGGGCAGGUAGAAGGGGAAGGAGGGGGAAUGCCAGCAGAAAAAGGCGAGAAUCACGAUGCAGGAACGAAUGAUGCUGCUCAAUGUGGUGGGGUUCAUGCUGGCUUACAGGAGGCAACCCGGGAUGAGUGGGCAGGAAAAAAUGUUCUGGAUCUGCCCCUAAUGACGCAAGAGAUGACUCAGGCUGACCUGCCCGAACUUGUGGGCUCACAACUGCUGCCCGGCACCCAGUUGGCCGGGCAGCAGGAAAGUUCUGCGGUAGCAGAUGGGGCAGGGAAGGGAAGGUGUUGCGGCGGGGAUGCAGGGGAGUUGGAAGGAGAGGAGGGAGGAGAGGGAGGCGAGGGAGGGGAUAGAAUGGGAGGAAUAGAAGCGGGAUGGGGGGCUGCAUUGGGCACGACGCGAGUGGCACGGUCAGGGGAAAGGUGGGCGGUGAAGGGCGCAGAGGGCAGCGUGCAGGUGCCGUUUGACAUGCGGCGCGUGCAGCAGGUGUGGCGCAGACGAGCUGAGAUACAGGGGAGAGAGGCGAGGGAGGAGAGUGCAGGGAGAGAGGGGAGAAGGGGAGUGGCAGGGAGAGGGAAGGGCGAGGGGCGGAGGAGCUUUGCAGCAGCGUCGGUGGCAGAUGGUGUGAGUAACCCUGCCCACAGCAGUGGUGGAAGGAAGAUUCAGCAUGAGGGGGAGGCCAAGGAGGCGGCAUUGGAGGCGGCAGCGAGGGAGUUAGAGAGACGGUUUGACAAGCGCGACUUUGCUAGCAUGGCUGUGAUUGGCCAGUUCAACCUUGGGUUCAUCAUUGGACGGCUGGGAUCUGAUCUCUUCAUCGUGGACCAGCAUGCGUCGGACGAGAAGUUCAACUUUGAGCGCCUCAUGCGAUGCACCGUGCUCAACAAGCAGCCGCUGCUCGUGCCUCAACGGCUGGAUCUGUCACCAGCAGAAGAAGUGAUUGUGUCAGCACACAUGCCCACAUUCAGAUCCAACGGCUUCCAUUUCUCCGUGGAUGAGAGUGCUCCAUCUGGCCGUCGGUUCCGCCUCUCUGCCGUUCCUUUCUCGAAGAACAUCGUAUUUGGUGCUUCGGAUGUGUGCGAGCUCAUUUCAAUGCUAGCAGAUGCGCCCCUGCCUGACCCAGAAUCUGCUGCUGGCGCUGCCUCUGUCCCUGAUGCUAUCUGCUGGCAUGCAACCACUGCCACAAAACAUGCAAAGGGUGCUGCAUCUGGUGGCGGAAACCACCAAGAAGCUUCUCUGCAUGAUAACUCAGCAAGCUCACCACAAGCAAGGCGCAGUGAGAUUAACAACGCGAGCAGCACGGCUGGGGGUGCUUCUCCACGGGACAGGAAGUCUGGAGCUGCAGCGGUACCAGCGACAUCACCAUCGGCAUCGCCAUCAACGGUUGUGGCGGUGCGGCCAUCACGGGUGCGGGCCGUGCUGGCUUCAAGGGCGUGCAGGAGCUCCGUGAUGAUUGGCACGGCACUCAGCCAGGCGCAGAUGAGCAAGGUAUGA